CUAUAGAGGAGGUUUCGGCCAUGUGGCUCUACCUGGCUGCCCUGCUGGGGCUUUACUUCCUUCGCCGAUGGUACCAGGAGAGACAGACGGUGGAGAACCUGACGGAGAAAUAUGUCUUCAUCACGGGGUGUGACUCUGGCUUUGGGAACCUACUUGCCAGGCAGCUGGAUGCCCGGGGCCUGCGGGUGCUGGCAGCCUGUCUCACACAGAAGGGGGCAGAGCAGCUGGACAAGGUCACCUCAGAGCGCUUGAAAACCACCAUUCUGGAUGUCACCAGUACAGAGAGUGUGGCAGCAGCGGCGGAGUGGGUGAAGGAGCAAUCAGGAAGCAAAGGACUCUGGGGCUUAGUGAACAAUGCAGGCAUCCUCAUGCCAAUAGCCCCCAACGAGUGGCUGACCAAGGAGGACUUUGUGAGGGUGCUGGAUGUCAACCUGCUUGGAGCAAUUGAUGUGACACUGCGCAUGCUGCCCCUUAUCAGGAGAGCCCAAGGAAGGCUGGUCAAUGUGUCUAGCAUAACCGGGAGGUUUGCUUAUGGUGGAGGAGGCUACAGCCCUUCAAAAUUUGCCUUGGAAGCGUUUUCUGACAGCCUCAGGCGUGAAUUACAUCCUUUUGGGGUCAAAGUUAGCAUCAUAGAGCCAGGCGGCUUUGUAACAGAAUUGUCUGAAACUUACAAAACGGACUCCGCCAACUUAUGGAACAAGUUGCCUGCUGAGAUCAAAGACCUCUAUGGGCUGCAGUACUGGAAUAACUUUUCCAAGACGUUCUUCUGCAGCGAAUGGAAGAAUACAGACCUCUGCCUGGUCACAAACUGUAUGCAGCAUGCACUGACCUCCUGCUACCCCCGCAGCCGCUACACUGCGGGUCUGGAUGCCAAAUUCAUCUUCAUCCCCCUCUCGUACCUGCCAGCCUCACUUGCAGACUACAUUGUGGCAUAUGGUAGGCCUAGACCAGCCAAAGCUCUUUGCUGAUCAUAGACACACUUCAGACAGGAAUUUUUGGGAGAACCAAGGGAAGUUGACUAUGGCUGCA